AUGGAGAACAUGAACAUGCAGAACGCACCUCCGCCGCCACCUCUUGGUGGAGGUCAAAUGCCCCCGCCGAUCCCCCAAUUGCCUCCGCAAAUGUUCACGACCGCAGCGCAACUACUUGACUUGACCGACAAAAAACUCAUGGUUUCGCUUCGCGACGGCAGGAAACUGAUUGGUGUCUUGAGAAGUUGGGACCAAUUCGGAAACCUCGUUCUCCAGGACACAGUGGAACGCCUCUUCGCCCAAAAUCUAUACGCCGAUGUCGACCGUGGUCUCUUCCUUGUCAGAGGAGAGAACGUCUUGCUGCUCGGCGAAAUCGAUCUGGACAGAGAUGAUUACGUCCCCCCAACCUUCCAACAAGCACCCCUGGAUCAAGUCUUCGAACUACACAAGCAAGAGCAGGCCCAAAAAAAGAAGCAGGAGAAGAUGAGACACAAGAAGUUGGCCGCCUACGGUUUCGAGGGCGAGCAUUCUGGAGAGGCCAUCUUAUGA